AUAAUGCUCCAAGUCAGCUGACUUUAGACGCCAUUUUGUCAGCCAUUUCCUACACCGAUCCACUGCCAGCGUCUCUGCACAGCACUGGACGGCCCCGUCUGGCCUCAACUUCAUCUGCCCGGGCUCGGUAAACAGCAGCGGACACCGCAGCACAUCACGGUACCCGGGUGGAUGAGACACGGUGUAGCGCGUCGGUCGGCACCCACUAGAUCUCUGCAAGGCGCUCGGCCCCGCAGGACAGAAGCGGUACAAAGUCGCAGACAGUCAUGGCUUUGAAGAUUGUCAAAGGGAGCAUCGAUCGGAUGUUCGAUAAAAAUCUCCAGGAUUUAGUACGUGGCAUCAGGAAUCACAAGGAAGAUGAGGCCAAGUACAUCUCCACAUGCAUCGAUGAGAUCAAACAGGAGCUCAAGCAGGACAACAUCGCUGUCAAAGCCAAUGCUGUGUGCAAGCUCACCUACCUUCAAAUGCUGGGCUAUGACGUCAGCUGGGCUGCUUUCAACAUCGUUGAAGUCAUGAGUUCCUCAAAGUUCACGUACAAGAGGAUUGGCUACCUGGCAGCCUCACAGUGCUUUCAUGAGAACACAGACGUCAUCAUGCUGACAACCAAUCAAAUUCGAAAGGAUCUCAGCAGCCCCAACCAGUAUGACACAGGUGUUGCCCUCACUGGCCUGUCUUGUUUUGUGACCCCUGACUUAGCUCGGGACCUAGCUAAUGACAUCAUGACAUUGAUGUCCCACACUAAACCUUACAUCAGAAAAAAAGCUGUGUUGAUCAUGUAUAAGGUGUUUCUCAAGUAUCCCGAGUCCCUGCGCCCAGCUUUUCCCAGGCUCAAGGAAAAACUCGAGGACCCAGACCCAGGCGUCCAGUCAGCAGCAGUAAAUGUCAUAUGUGAGCUGGCCAGGAGAAAUCCCAAGAACUACCUGUCAUUGGCCCCGCUUUUCUUCAAACUCAUGACUUCCUCUACUAACAACUGGGUUCUCAUUAAGAUCAUAAAGCUGUUUGGUGCACUCACACCGUUGGAGCCACGGUUGGGGAAGAAAUUGAUUGAACCUCUAACAAAUCUAAUCCACAGUACCUCUGCCAUGUCUCUGCUGUAUGAAUGUGUCAACACUGUGAUUGCAGUGUUGAUUUCUUUGUCCUCGGGGAUGCCUAACCACAGCGCUAGUAUCCAGCUCUGUGUGCAGAAACUGCGAAUCCUGAUAGAAGACUCGGACCAGAACUUGAAGUAUUUGGGCCUGCUGGCGAUGUCAAAGAUCCUGAAGACCCACCCCAAGUCAGUGCAGUCUCAUAAAGACCUCAUUCUCCAGUGUCUGGAUGACAAGGAUGAGUCCAUCCGUCUGAGAGCUCUGGACUUGCUCUAUGGCAUGGUGUCCAAGAAGAACUUGAUGGAGAUCGUAAAGAAGCUGAUGAUACAUGUAGACAAAGCCGAAGGAACCACCUACAGAGAUGAACUGCUCACAAAAAUCAUUGACAUCUGCAGUCAGAGCAACUACCAGUAUAUCACCAACUUUGAAUGGUACAUUAGUAUCCUAGUAGAGCUGACCCGACUAGAGGGCACACGGCACGGCCACCUCAUUGCCUCUCAGAUGCUGGAUGUGGCCAUACGAGUCAAAGCCAUCCGGGUCUUUGCUGUUGCCCAGAUGGCCACCCUGCUGGACAACGCCCACCUGCUGACAGGCAACAUGCAGAGAAACGGCAUCUGUGAAGUGUUGUAUGCUGCAGCCUGGAUCUGUGGGGAAUUCUCAGAACACCUGGAGAAUCCCGUGCAGACUUUGGAGGCCAUGCUGCGUCCUAAGGUCGCGACCCUACCCGGUCACAUCCAGGCUGUAUAUGUGCAGAAUGCAGCCAAGCUGUUUGCCACCAUCCUGAAGAACCAAGAGGGGAACACAGACAGCACAGCUGCACAGGAAACCAGCCAGAUGAUGAUAGACAGGCUACCACUGUUUGUCCAGAGCGCUAACCUCGAGGUGCAGGAGAGGGCGUCCUGCAUCCUGCAACUAGUUAAGUACAUCCAGAAACUGCAGCAGAAGGAUGUAGAAGUAGCAGAAGAAGUCAGCGCGUUGUUUGCUGGAGAACUCAAUCCUGUAGCUCCAAAGGCACAGAAGAAAGUGCCUGUUCCCGAAGGGCUGGACCUGGAUGCUUGGAUCAAUGAGCCUCCUUCUGAAAGCGAGUCUGAGGAUGAGCAACCCAAGGCUAUUUUUACCAAGGAGGAGCCCAAACACUCACGCCCCCGUCACACAGAGGUGGACGAGAAAGAGCUGGCAAGGAGGAGAGAAGCCAGAAAGCAGGAGCAAGCCAACAACCCAUUCUACAUCAAGGCCUCUCCGUCUUCUCAGAAGGUGUACCAGGAAGCUCCAGGAGUGGAACACAUCCCAGUCGUGCAGAUUGAUCUCAGCGUGCCUCUCAAAGUCCCAGGUCUGCCUAUGUCUGACCAAUACGUUAAACUAGAGGAGGAGCGUCGGCAGAAAGAGAGAGCAGAGAAAAAGAAGAAGGAGAAGAAGAAGAGGAAAGAAAAACGCAGUGGGCGUGGGAAGAAACACGACUCAGGCCCAGAGAGCGAGGAGGACAUCACACCUGCACAUGUGGUCGACAUUGUUACAGAGGAGAUGCCAGAGAAUGCCUUACCCAGCGAUGACGAUGACAAAGACCCCAAUGACCCUCACAAAGCCCUGGACAUCGACCUGGACAACUUAUUGGAAACAACUGCGCGCAGGCCGCUUGCAGACAGCGAGAAGCUACCGGUCAGGUCACAUCGUGCAGCGGGGGCUCCAAAAAGCUCGGCUGAGGAUGGAGAGGCAGAAAAUGCCACGCCACAGGAACCCAAGAAGAAGAGCAGCAAAGAAAAGAGGGACAAAAAGAAAGAUAAAGAGAGGGAUAGGAAGAGGAGCAAAGAAGAGAAGAAGAAGAAAAAACACAAACAUGAAGAAAAGGAGGAGGAUCUUCUCGGAGGUCAAGCAGAAGAGCCCGUGGUCCAAUCGGAAGAAACGAAGGAGGUGGAAGCACAGCCCACUUCAACUAGUGCUGAGGUUUCGGACCUGGAUUUCUGGCUCUCAAAUGCUCCAGUGCCCUCUAACACCCAGGAAGCAGCAACAGUAGCAGAAGCAGCCCCAGCGCCCGAGGCGCCUGCUGGCACAGCGGCCGACUCUGAGCCCGAGGAGCCCAAAGACACCGAGACGGAGGAGAGUAAGUCCUCCAAACACAAGAAGAAGAAGCAGAAAAAAGAGAAGGAAGAGAAGGAGAAGAAAAAGAAAAAGAAGCAUCAUCACCAUCACCACCACCACCACAGCGAUGGAGGUGGAGAGGAGUCUGUGCAGAAUGGCACCGUCGAGGAGGAGGAGCCUCUGCCGCCCAUGUCCAAUUACUGCCUGCUGGCUGAGAACUCCUACAUCAAGAUGAUGAUGGAGGAUGCUGAUCAGGUGUGUGACAUCCAGGGGAACCUACAGGAUGGCAGUCAGGUGGUGGUGUCUGUCAUCUUUGAAAAUAAGAGUGACAGCUUCCUCAAAUCCAUGGAGUUCAAUGUGCUGGACUCUCUGAACUCCAAGCUGCAGAGGCCAGAAGGGUCAGGUCCACAUGAUGGCCUCACCGUCCCCUUCCAGCUUCCCCCUGGAGUGUCCAAUGAAGCACGAUUUGUCUUCACUGUGCAGAGCAUCGUAAUGCCGCAGAAGCUGAAAGGAACCCUCACCUUUAUUGUAAAGAACGAGGACUCCUCCACUCAUGAGAAACUGGACUUCAAACUGCACUUUACCUGCACCUCCUACCUGAUCACUACUCCUUGUUACAGUGAUGCGUUUGCAAAGUUGCUGGAGUCGGGAGAUCUGAAGAGCAGCUCUGUCAGACUGGAGGGAGUUAACAUGCCCUUCCAUCACCUUCUGGCCAGGAUCUGCUUCCACCACCACUUUUCUGUUGUGGAGAGGAUCGACUCCUGUGCCUCCAUGUACAGCAGGUCUAUCCAGGGUCACCAUGUCUGUCUGCUGGUCAAAACUUCUGGUCAGACUGUGUCCAUUGACGCUAAAUGUGACGAGCCAACGCUGCUUGGGAAUGUGCUGGAUGAGAUCAAGCAGACCUUCUCUCAGUGCUGAUUGUGUCUGACAGCCGAAGGGUGCCCCACCCCCACCCUACCGCUCCAUCCCGCCCCUCCCUCACUGAAACACAACAUAAUCACGUUACGAAACACUGCGACUGGCACUUCCAGUAUCGCCCUAUUUAUUAGUCUGCAGAUUUGCAAGAUUUCUUUCCCCUUCUCAGCUUCUCCAGCGCCCCACACUUUGCCCCUCUUUGCACUCUGUGGUCACUCCCUCACACUUGAUGUUGCUUUACAGACUCAUUGUGUACAUGCUUCAUCUUCUCUGCAGUGUCAUUUUCAUUUUUACUUCCUAGUUUUCGAACAGCCGCCCUGUUGCACCCCGACUCUAACUGAGCUCCCGUUUCUGGACGCCUGGCGUCCUCUUCUCUUUCCUGCGUCUCUUUCCGCCCUCCACUCUGUCGGGAAUUCAAUCUGUGACGGUCGCGUCAUGUAAUGUUGACAACUGGACUUUUGCUGUUAAUGGUUGAAUUGUAUUUUUACUGUUUUGACGUUUUUGUCUUUGGUUUGUUUUGUUGUUUUGUCUUUUCUUUUUCUUUAUCUUUGUCUGAAACCUGACUGCGCCUUCAUGUAAUCCCCUUCUUUACUGCUCACUAAAAUCUGUGUGUGCUGCUCAUCUGUGUAGGCCUUGAAAAAAGAUAAAUCAGGUGAUUGACUCUUUUUUCGGACUAGAUGGGCGCUAUAACCUGCUCACCCACCACUGACCUGGUGCCUGGAGAAGACCAGACACUGGGCAAGUGCAGUGAGAGGAGAGCAGAGGUGAAACCAAAGCUACAAAUAAGGCAUGGGUUUUAAGCUUGUAUCGGGGUGCUUUUGCCCUACUUGCCUCUUGGCGAGGCUCAGAGCAGAUCUGCUGGUGUUUAGUUGAACCGAAUCCUUGUGUCUCUACGGGUGAUUGUACAGUAGUUCAGUAGUUUUGCUCUGUGCCUUAGCCCUGCAGUCUGACCUACUCCGGCACUUCAUAAGUCUUGUAGAGCCCCCACCUCUCCCCUGAGUGCACUGAUCUAACAGUGCUAAACUGCAGAUUGACCCUCCCCAAGGACUUUGAACAUAUCAUUCCUUUUGCAAAUCCAGUGCAAUGUGAGGUUUCUAUUACACCUGACAAAGCCACCUGUGUUCUACCACGCAUGGAUGGUUUAGUUAUUGUAUAGAAGAUGUAAUAAUAUUGUAAAGCAGGAUGCUGUUCUUUGUCUGAAGGCAAGUCGUCACUUGGCCAACGUGUUCACGGAAUAAUCUGACGUAAAGAGCUGACAUCACUGUCCUCUGUGGGGGGGAAGACAACCUGUGACAAGUUAAAGGACACCACACUUAUACUCUCAGCCUGCCUGUACUGUUUCUUUUAAAACUGCUGGUCUGCAUAUGAGAUUGCUAAAAGUCAUUUUACUACUAAGCGGGCGCUGUUAACUGGUCAGUGGCUUGAGGCGCCCUGUGAGUCAGUAUUAAUCAACACGGCUUCCACAGUAAGGAAGCGUCGCCUCUGUCAGCAGCAGCAGUUGUGUGGUUUUUGUCUGUCCUCAUGUGAAGUAUUUGCGCCCGUCUCCCUCUCAUGCAUCACAGAAAAAGCCAGCUGACCCACCCAUAUAAAUCCCCCCCAUGUUUCUUUUUCCCUCCAGAAACUGCCUUGCUACUUUGUGUGUAUGUGUGUGUUAGGAGAGACUUUAAAGAAAACACAACACCCGACUUCCUGCUGAACUCUGAUGUCUUCAUUUGGAUCAUUCAUGUUUAAAGCAACCACCCCGUCCACUUCAACUGAUCCUUGUAGUAGCAAGAGUGAAAGGGAAAAAAGACUUGGUAGCGUCUCUGUUCAUAUAUAUACUGGUAAGGCCCUCCUCUCUUGCAUUUGUCUGCUAUUGUAGAUAAGAAAUAUAAUGAUGUCUGGCCUGAAGGUCAAGUCAGCCAUUCCACUAGAUUUUCAGUAGUAGUCUGAAAUCAGAGGUGAUCAGCUGUUUUUCAGGAACGUCAGUAGAAAAAAAUUAUGUACGCGCUCCCUGUUCCUGAAAAUGAUAUCCAUGAAUCUGAGAAACGACUUCUCUAAUCACACGCUGUCCUAAUACUGAUCAUUCUGUGCAUACUGUUAGAUUAAAAUUUGUAUAUUGCAUGAUUAGGAAUGUACACUUUUAUUUUCCUUGUUUCUUUCCCAUGGUCAUGCUUUCACAGACAAAGAUGUCAUUCCAUUUUCUCUUUUGUUUUUCCUACUUUUUUUUUUUAAAUGAGGUUUUCUUGACCAUUCUCUAUUUUUGAUGGUAUUGUGUUUUUAUCUAUUCUAAGUGCAGACAAUUAAAAGAAGUGAUACCAUUGAAUGUUUUAAAAUUAUUAGUCACAGGGGAAGGAAGGGGGUUCUGUUUGGUGUCGCACCACUGAGGACAUGGGGCUCACAAUAACAGUAGAACAGGUUACGUGAAGCAGUGUACUGAGAGGCAAACCCGCUCUGUCUUAAUGCUCUGUUGGUUCAGCUGUAGUGACUUAAUCUACCAAGUUUGGCUUGUGACAUUGAAAUAUACUCUCAUAUGACAGA